AUGGGAGUGCAGGGCUUCCAGGACUACAUCGAGAAACACUGCCCUAGCGCUGUGGUCCCUGUGGAGCUGCAGAAGCUGGCUCGGGGCAGCCUGGUGGGCGGCGGCCGGCAGCGGCCCCCGCAGACACCGCUGCGCCUCCUCAUCGAUGCCGACAACUGCCUGCACCGCCUUUACGGCGGCUUUUACACGGACUGGGUGAGCGGCGGCCAGUGGAACCACAUGCUCGGGUACCUGGCGGCACUGGCCAAGGCUUGCUUCAACGGCAACAUCGAGCUCUUCGUCUUCUUUAACGGCGCCCUGGAGAAGGCCCGGCUGCACGAGUGGGUCAAGCGGCAGGGCAACGAGCGCCAGACCGCUCAGCAGAUCGUCAGCCAUGUCCAGAACAAGGGCACACCGCCGCCCAAGGUCUGGUUCCUGCCGCCGGUCUGCAUGGCACACUGCAUCCGCCUGGCCCUCAUCCGCUUCCACAUCAAGGUUGCACAGAGCAUUGAGGAUCAUCAUCAAGAAGUAAUUGGUUUCUGCAGAGAAAAUGGUUUCCAUGGCUUGGUUGCAUAUGACUCUGAUUAUGCAUUGUGCAACAUCCCCUACUAUUUCAGUGCCCAUGCCCUAAAACUGAGCCGAAACGGGAAGAGUCUCACAACAAGCCAGUAUCUGAUGCAUGAAGUUGCCAAGCAACUGGACCUGAAUCCAAAUCGUUUUCCUAUUUUUGCUGCUCUAUUAGGUAAUCAUAUUCUACCUGAUGAAGAUUUGGCUUCUUUUCAUUGGAGUUUACUUGGUCCAGAACAUCCACUAGCCUCACUUAAGGUACGGGCUCACCAGCUAGUUUUACCACCCUGCGAUGUAGUGAUCAAAGCUGUUGCUGACUACGUUCGUAAUAUCCAGGAUAUCACUGAUUUGGAUGCCAUAGCUAAAGAUGUUUUUCAGCAUUCACAGUCUAGAACAGAUGACAAAGUUAUUCGAUUUAAGAGAGCGAUUGGGUAUUAUUCAGCGACUAGUAAGCCUAUGUCAUUUCAUCCACCACAUUACUUAGCUGCCAGACCAAAUCAAUUUGGAAUGCCUGGGAUAGUGCCACCAUAUGUUCCGCCUCAGAUGCUCAACAUUCCACAGACCCCUCUACAAGCAAAACCUAUGGCCCAUCAGAUGCCAAGCCUAGGUGGUGCUCCGGGUCAGGGUCCAUACCCGUAUAGCCUCUCUGAGCCGGCUCUCACUUUGGAAACAAGUGGAAAGAAUUUGGCUGAGCAGAACAACUAUAGUAACAUUCCUCAUGAAGGGAAACAUACUCCAUUGUAUGAACGGUCCUCUCCAAUAAAUCCAGCUCAAAGUGUCAGUCCCAACCAUGUGGAUUCAACUUACUUUCCUGGUUCUUCUACAUCAUCAUCUUCAGAUAAUGAUGAAGGCAAUGGAGGAGCUACAAACCAUAUCAGUGGGAACAAAAUUGGCUGGGAGAAGACAGGAAGCCACUCAGAACCUCAAGCACACGGAGACCCAGGAGACCAAACAAAGGCAGAAGGUUCGUCCACUGCCUCUUCAGGAAGCCAGAUAGCUGAAGGAAAAGGGAGCCAAAUUGGCACCGUACAACCAAUUCCCUGCCUUCUGUCCAUGCCCACCAGGAACCACAUGGAUAUUACCACACCUCCAUUACCCCCUGUUGCACCUGAAGUAUUGAGAGUGGCAGAACACAGGCACAAGAAGGGGCUAAUGUAUCCCUAUAUCUUUCAUAUCCUAACAAAGGGUGAAAUCAAAAUUGCUGUUUCUAUUGAAGAUGAAGCCAACAAAGACCUGCCUCCUGCCGCCCUGCUCUAUAGGCCAGUUCGUCAGUAUGUUUACGGAGUCCUGUUUAGUUUGGCAGAAAGCAGAAAGAAAACUGAGAGACUUGCUUUUAGAAAGAACAGACUUCCUCCAGAAUUUUCACCAGUGAUAAUUAAAGAAUGGGCAGCUUACAAAGGAAAGUCUCCUCAGACCCCUGAACUGGUGGAAGCACUUGCAUUCAGGGAAUGGACCUGCCCUAACCUGAAGAGACUGUGGCUGGGGAAGGCAGUUGAGGAUAAGAACCGCAGGAUGCGAGCCUUCCUGGCCUGCAUGCGAUCAGACACACCAGCCAUGCUUAAUCCAGCAAAUGUGCCCACUCACCUCAUGGUGCUCUGCUGUGUCUUACGAUAUAUGGUGCAGUGGCCGGGAGUGCGGAUACUGCGUCGCCAGGAACUUGAUGCCUUCCUGGCUCAGGCGUUAUCCCCCAAACUUUAUGAGCCUGAUCAGCUCCAGGAGCUUAAGAUUGAGAACCUAGAUCCCCGUGGAAUUCAGUUGUCAGCUCUGUUUAUGAGUGGAGUGGACAUGGCCCUGUUUGCAAAUGAUGCCUGCGGGCAGCCAAUCCCAUGGGAACACUGCUGUCCUUGGAUGUACUUCGAUGGCAAGCUCUUCCAGUCCAAACUCCUCAAAGCCAGCCGGGAAAAGACCCCGCUCAUUGACCUCUGUGAUGGUCAGGCUGAGCAAGCUGCCAAGGUUGAAAAGAUGCGUCAGAGCAUUUUAGAGGGGUUAAACUUCUCCCGGCAGAACCACCCACUUCCUUUUCCACCACCUCCUGCUCUGCCCUUCUACCCAGCUUCCAUGUAUCCUCGGCACUUUGGGCCAGUCCCACCAUCUCAGGGCAGGGGCAGAGGUUUUACAGGAGUCUGUGGCUUUGGAGGCCCUUACGGGGAAACUGUAGCAACAGGCGCUUACCGUGCCUUCCGGGUGGCAGCAGCAGGACAUUCCGGAGCCUUCUCGGGCAAUGACAGCAGCAGGACUAGCAAGUUACAGGGCGGAGUCCAACCUAUACCUUCUCAGGGAGGAAAAUUAGAAAUAGCUGGCACUGUUGUUGGCCACUGGGCUGGGAGCAGACGUGGCCGGGGAAGCCGAGGGCCUUUCCCCCUACAGGUAGUUUCUGUUGGAGGACCAGCAAGAGGACGUCCUAGAGGAGUUAUUUCUACCCCUGUGAUUAGAACGUUUGGAAGAGGUGGAAGGUACUAUGGGAGAGGUUACAAAAACCAGGGAACAAUUCAGGGUAAACCUCCUUAUGCUGCUUCAGCAGAAGAAGUGGCCAAAGAAUUUAAGUCAAAAUCAGGGGAGUCGAAGUCCUCUGCUGUGUCUUCAGAUGGGUCCCUGGCUGAAAACGGAGUGAUGGCUGAGGAGAAGCCGGCGUCCCAAAUGAACGGGAGCACAGGAGGUGUCAGGGCUUGCACCCAGUCUGAAAGUGCCUUGAAUAAUGACUCUAAAAUGUGCAAUAUAAAUCCUCACUUAAAUGCACUAAAUACAGACAGUGUUUGCCAUAAAGAUGAUACUCUUGAGGCAGCUGUCUUAAAUAAAGAAGAGUAA